GUGUACGCAGUCGUCGUCUCAUUGUUUUCACAGACCUCAGGUGACGUGACCCCUGUUCUCAUGAAUCCUCUCUCGCUGUCACACAUCAUUUCUCUGUCAGAAAGAAUAUGCCGUACCGUAUCAGAUAUGAACGCAGAUCACGUGAUGGUCACGCAAGAAACUUUAAUGGAGCAGCUAGUGAAAAAUUAUCCAGGCAUUGCAGUUCCCUCCCAUGAUAUCUUAUACAAUAUGCUUGGUGCGCUAAUUAAAGAAAGGAAAAUCUAUCAUACGGGAGAAGGAUACUUCAUUGUGACUCCCAGCACAUACUUUGUCACAGAUCGUGCCACAGAAGAGAAGAGAAGGGUCCCACUGGAGGACAGUUAUUGCUCUUCAUCCCCUUCCAUCGCUCUCCUUGUAAGCAUUGAGCACUGUGCAGACCUAGUGAAAGAAAACAUUCCUACAGUAUCCUGUUACAGAUCCUGCCAUUGUUUCCCUGUCCAGAAUAUGCUUUGUGAACAAAGACAUGGGCAGCUAAUGAAGCAUGAACAUAAUGGAGGAGGUAAGAAUGAAUUGAAGGCUUCAAUUCAAACUCGAGGGAUGUCCACAUCCGCUGAAAACCAUUCCUGGGACACCACCAAAUCCCUGACGUCUGUGAAAGAGAAACUGAAAAGCAAGAGGUUUGGUCUUGGCUUUUUCUGGAGAACUGCUUUUAAAAAUGAAAAAUGUAAGAAGCAGUACUCCACUUUUUCAGCCCAGUUUCCUCCCAAGGAGUGGCCAGUCAGGGAUGAAGAUGACUUAGAUAAUAUUCCACGUGACAUUGAACACGAAAUUAUCAAGCGCAUUAACCCCACUCUUACAGUUGACAAUUUGAUGAAGCACACAAAAUUAAUGCAAAAGUUUGAGGAGCAGAAAAAAUGUGUCAGCAAGGGAACCUCGGCUGAAGUGUCAACAGUCAGGCAAAACCAUCCUUCAAAGGACUGUGUUCAAAAGACACAAAGUAAAACAGCAAAACACACCAGGAAAAACAAACCAAGCAAAGAGAAGCAGAUUAGCAGAAGUGACAGGAAAUGUCCCAUACAGGAUCUAACAUUGCAAAAGAAGAAGCUGGAAGAGAACCUUUCACUGCCUACCAGAAACCAGGAGCCAUCUGAUGUAGCAGUGGAAUCCCAGGUCGUAUAUAAAAAGCAAAUUAAGAACCCUUUCCAGGAUCUGCCAUGGAGACGCAACUUUUAUGCGAAAGGGUACAAAGGCGCUAUUAACAGUCAGCUGAAGUCCAGGACUCGAAAUCAAGCAAGGGCUUUACAAAGGCCACAGUCCCUGGACUUCUCAAACACUUAUGAAUAUGAAACUGAACAGGUGGCUACUGAAAUGCAGGCUGACAAAGCUAAGCAAAAUGAACUGCACCAUGUUAAUAGGUCUUCUCUUCAAAUAAAGAAAGGUAGUUUAAGUGAAAAUUUUAGUCAUCUACACGGCAGCAACUUGCAAAUAGAUAACAAAUACAAAUACUUUCUGGAGAGCAAUAUUUCUGAAGAAAACAUCUACAGAAGAACACUAAAAAUAAAUCCUGGGGAUACUCAAAAAUCCCCUCACGCCUACACUAGCGACAGUGGGGUGUGCAAAGAAGAUGCAACAUUUUCAUUAAGUCUGAAAGAUGAGUAUCGCAGGUGCAAAACUGACACUGUGUGUGAGUUAUUAGAUCAAACAGGAAACGUAUUUCAAAAUGUCCAUCUUUCAAAUUAUACAGCCGACGUCAACCCGGUAAAAUUUGGUGUGAAAUACAGACAAAAGACUGUUAGAAAGAGUGAACUUACAUUUAAAGAUGACUGUGCCAGCCACCCUGGAUCAGUGAAGCUGGAAAGUGAAGGAUUUACUGAGAACUGCCAUCUUCUGUACCAAAAAGCACAUCUUGGUGACACCUGUACCCCAUUACAUCUGGAUGAUGGUUUUGAAGGCAAUGAACCUGGCCAUGCUUUUUCAGAUACAAGAGACUGGAGUAAGGCUGUGCAAAAGCUGGGGACAGCUAUGUCCCUAAAAAUCUGUAAGGUUAAUACUUAUCCUGCCCAGUACAACACAACUGUAAAUAAACGUGACUCUGGAGAGCAUAGAUAUAAGGAAAGUAUUGCAGAAUUAAUAGAUGACUCAAGAGAACAUCCAAAACCAGAUUCCACAAGAGAAGAUUGUUUGUGCAGUCAGGUCCUUCUGAUAGGUCACAGAAAGGAAGAAGAAACUGGCCUUACUGAAUGCGCAAAGGCUUCAGCUGUAGCAGAUUGCUGUCACACCAAGGAGGCUGACUCAGGUGCUGACACUUUGCAGAACUCCAGCUAUGAGACAGGUGAAGUAGUGGCGUGCUGUGCUUUAGGCUCACAGACCAAAGAAAGAAGAAAUCCUCCGGCAAAAAAGGAUCCGUUUUUUAAGAAUGCGUGUACUGUGAUACCAAGACAGAAACACUCAGAAGGGACAGAAAACCACAGCGUUACAGGAGACAGUGGAAUUGAUUGUGUUAGAUGGACUGAAAAGAAGAUGAAGCUUCCUACCAAAUUCUGA